CGGGCUCCGCGCCGCGCAGCGCCCGCGGGUUCCGCCGUCUGUCUGUCCGCCCGCCCGUCUGUUCGUCCGUCCGUCCGUCCCUCCGCCGCCGCGGGUCUCCAAAGGGCGUAUUUCUCCGCCAGAGUGCUGCCUAAGUGUCGCUUAAUCAUUAAGCAUCUGAUUUCCUCCAAGUUAUCUGUCAUGCUGCUUAUGAUCUAGUGCCCAGGAGGGAGGGACGCAGAGGGUUGUGGCCAUGGCCCCACGGAAGAGGAGCAGUCGGGGGAUCUCCUUCAUCUUCUGCUGCUUCCGCAGCAGUGACCACCCCGAGAUCACCUACCGGCUGCGCAAUGACAGCAGCUUUGCCCUGCAGACCAUGGAGCCUGCGCUGCCCAUGCCGCCCGUGGAGGAGCUGGAUGUCAUGUUCACUGAGCUGGUGGAUGAACUUGACCUCACGGACAAGCACAGAGAGGCCAUGUUUGCGCUGCCGGCAGAGAAGAAGUGGCAGAUCUACUGCAGCAAGAAGAAAGACCAGGAAGAAAAUAAAGGAGCCACCAGCUGGCCGGAGUUUUACAUCGAUCAGCUGAAUUCAAUGGCUGCUAGGAAAUCACUGAUCGCCUUGGAAAAAGAAGACGAGGAGGAGAGAAAUAAAACUAUUGAAAGUUUGAAGACUGCACUGAGGACAAAACCGAUGAGGUUUGUAACCCGGUUUAUCGACCUGGAUGGCUUGUCAUGUAUUCUGAACUUUCUCAAAAGCAUGGACUAUGAGACAGCAGAGUCUCGAAUACAUACCUCGCUCAUCGGAUGCAUAAAAGCACUAAUGAACAACUCCCUGGGCCGGGCUCACGUCCUGGCCCACUCAGAGAGUAUCAACGUGAUCGCUCAGAGUCUGAGCACAGAGAACAUUAAGACAAAGGUGGCAGUGCUGGAAAUCAUGGGCGCUGUGUGCCUGGUUCCUGGUGGCCACAAAAAGGUACUGGAGGCCAUGCUGCACUACCAGAAAUACGCCAGCGAACGGACUCGGUUUCAGACGCUGAUCAAUGACUUGGACAAGAGCACGGGGAGGUAUCGAGAUGAAGUGAGCCUCAAGACAGCCAUCAUGUCCUUCAUCAAUGCAGUCCUGAGCCAGGGGGCUGGCGUGGAGAGCCUGGAUUUCAGACUCCACCUGAGAUAUGAAUUUCUCAUGCUUGGGAUCCAGCCAGUCAUUGAUAAACUAAGAGAGCAUGAAAAUUCAACCCUUGACCGGCACUUAGAUUUUUUCGAAAUGCUUAGAAACGAAGAUGAACUGGAAUUUGCCAAAAGAUUUGAGCUGGUCCACAUUGACACCAAAAGUGCAACUCAGAUGUUUGAGCUGACGAGGAAGAGGCUGACACACACCGAGGCGUACCCGCACUUUAUGUCCAUCCUGCACCACUGUCUCCAAAUGCCUUAUAAAAGAAGUGGCAACACUGUCCAGUACUGGCUGCUGCUCGACAGGAUCGUGCAGCAGAUUGUCAUCCAGAGUGACAAAGGGCAGGACCCUGAUGCCACUCCCCUGGAAAACUUCAAUAUUAAAAACGUCGUCCGAAUGUUAGUCAAUGAAAAUGAAGUGAAACAGUGGAAAGAGCAAGCAGAAAAAAUGCGAAAAGAGCACACCGAACUUCAGCAGAAGCUGGAGAAGAAGGAGCGGGAGUGCGAUGCCAAGGCCCAGGAGAAGGAGGAAAUGAUGCAGACACUGAACAAGAUGAAGGAGAAGCUGGAGAAGGAGUCCAACGAGCACAAGCAGGUCAAGCAGCAGGUGGCAGAUCUCACGGCGCAGCUCCACGAGAUGAGCAGGAGGGCGAUCUGUGCUGCUGGCCCUGGAGGACCUCCCUUGCCACCAGGAGCUCCUGGUGGCCCUUUACCUUCUCCAGCUCCAGGAUCCCUUCUUCCCCCUCCGCCACCACCACCACCCCCAGGGGGAUGUCCCCCACCGCCUCCCCCACCACCGCCCCCUCCGGGUGGUCCUCCACCUCCUCCUGGCCCUCCACCCCUGGAUGGAGUGUUACCUCCCCCUGGAGCACCUCUGGGCUUGGCACUCAAGAAGAAGAGCAUCCCACAGCCAACAAACGCUCUCAAGUCCUUCAACUGGUCCAAGCUGCCAGAGAACAAGCUGGCAGGCACCGUGUGGACCGAAAUAGAUGACUCAAAAGUGUUCAAAAUCCUGGACCUUGAAGACCUGGAAAGGACGUUCUCCGCCUACCAAAGACAGCAGGACUUCUUUGUGAACGGUAACUCCAGACAGAAGGAAGAUGCUAUCGAUGACACCUUGAGUUCCCGGCAUAAAGUCAAGGAGCUUUCGGUCAUAGAUGGCCGGAGAGCUCAGAACUGCAAUAUCCUCCUCUCCAGGCUGAAACUCUCAAACGAGGAGAUCAAACGAGCAAUUUUGACGAUGGAUGAGCAGGAGGACCUCCCCAAAGACAUGCUGGAACAGCUCCUGAAGUUUGUUCCUGAAAAGGGUGACAUUGACCUGCUGGAAGAGCACAAGCACGAACUGGACCGCAUGGCCAAGGCUGACAGGUUCCUCUUCGAAAUGAGCAGGAUAAACCACUAUCAGCAAAGGUUGCAGUCCCUCUACUUCAAGAAGAAGUUUGCAGAGAGAGUUGCAGAAGUCAAACCCAAGGUGGAAGCCAUCCGCGCGGGCUCCAAGGCAGUGCUGCAGAGCAGCAGCCUCCAGCAGCUGCUGGAGGUGGUCCUGGCCUUCGGGAACUACAUGAACAAAGGCCAGAGGGGCAACGCCUUCGGGUUUAAGAUCUCCAGCCUCAACAAGAUCGCGGACACCAAGUCCAGCAUUGACAAGAACAUCACCCUUCUGCACUAUCUCAUCACCAUCGUUGAGAAGAAAUACCCCAAAGUUCUCCGCCUGCACGAGGAGCUGCGAGACAUCCCGCAGGCAGCCAAAGUCAACAUGACCGAGCUGGAGAAAGAAAUAAACACUCUGAGGAGCGGCCUGCGAGCGGUGGAGACUGAGCUGGACUUUCAGAAGUCUCAGGUUCAGCAAACAGGCGACAAGUUUGUGUCUGUCGUCAGCCAGUUCAUCACGUUAGCCAGCUUCAGCUUCUCAGACGUUGAAGAUCUUCUGAUGGAAGCAAAAGAGCUGUUUUCCAAGGCUGUGAAGCACUUUGGAGAAGACACGGACAAAAUGCAGCCUGAUGAGUUCUUUGGCAUCUUUGACCAGUUCCUUCAAGCCGUGACAGAGGCCAAGCAGGAGAAUGAGAACAUGAGGAGGAGGAAGGAGGAGGAGGAGCGCCGGGCACGCAUGGAGGCUCAGCUGAAGGAGCAGCGGGAGCGGGAGCGGAAGGCGAGGAAGGCGAAGGAGAGCGGGGAGGAGGGCGGCGAGUUCGAUGACCUGGUCUCGGCCCUGCGCUCGGGCGAAGUCUUUGACAAGGACCUGUCCAAGCUGAAGCGCAACCGCAAGCGCAUCGCCAGCCAGCUGGCCGACAGCGGCCGCGAGCGGCCCGUCACCAAGCUCAACUUCUGAAAGACACACACACCGCCCCCCCCCAGAAACCCAACAGCAAAGAAACCCAGCGAGCAACGCGGCGGGUUAGUCUUUCUGCAGUGGGUAGGGGUUCGGUGUGUUGGUUUUGUUUGGUUGUUGGGGUGGUUGUUUUUUUUUUGCAUUCCCAUGAUACUGCCUUGCGGUUCGACGCGGAACAGUGGGACGCUCUUUCUCCCCCCAGCGAGUGUGUGUGUGUGUAGAUACAGUGUAUAUAUAGGGUGGGUUGGGGGUGUGGAUGGAGGAGCCCACCUGGGUGGCUGCCAGUGCUGCCUCCUCCCCUCUCACCCUCUCCGAAAAGUCCUUCUCCCCAUGCACAAGCACAAUGUCCGCGGAGCAAGAGGAGACCCAACCCAGAGACGCUGACGGUCCCCGUGGUCCCCACAGGCAAUGGGAGGCCCUCCUGCUGAGGACACACCCCCCCCCCCAGCCCGUCUGUGGGGGGACACCUUGCGCACAAGCCGAGGGGUUGAAAAGAGGAGAAGAAAAAAAAAAAACCCAGCAAAGUUGACUGAACUUUAACGUGCUUGUUUUUUCCGCUUCUCUUUGUUCUCAUGAUUAUUCCAAACAAACUUCGCACCUCUGGUGCUUUCGCGCUGGUUCCCGAGCGCGGCGCUCCCGGCGAUGCUCUUCCCAUCGUCCUUGGGAAAUGCUCUCUUUCCUCUUCCCACCAACCUUGCUAAAGGAAGAAGGUCACCCCAAAGUGCUUCCCGCUCCACCGCCGCACAGAUGAGAUGUGUUCAUCCUUCUAUCCCCUGUUCUGGCCCGAGACGGCGGGAAAGGCGGGUUCUCAGAAGAGACGAAGAGCACGAACUUUUGUGUUGUAAUUUUUAUUCUCGUUUUCUGUUCAGUGGGACAAACUGUAUCCUCUGUAAAGGUGGGUCAGCUCCGAGGGUCUCUGGUGUACAGAGGGGCUGGUGCAAAACCCACCGGCUUUUCCACCCACCUUCUUUUCUUUCUCCUUUACCGGACACACAGAAGCAGCGAUGCCAAGAAACACUUGUCUCUUCAAGCCAGGUCAGUUUUUCAUCUGGUUUGCUGUUGGUUGUCAUUGCAAAUUUGUAAGCAGAUCUACCUGUCAAAUGUCAGUCCAAAAAAUUAAAUAAUAAAGAAUAAUAAUAAUUUAAAAAAAGACAAAAAAAAACUUAAUAAAAAUAAUUCCGAGCUCUCAGGGAGUAAUAAUUUAAAGGUUUAGAAAAUUGAGAAUUGGAAAAUAAAAAGUAACCACCAUUAACAUAUUAACAUUUCUAUUCUUAAAUUAUGCUGAAUAUAUAGAGGACUGUUACUUUUUACUUUUUAUUUAUUUGUGGUGUGUUGUUGUUUUUGGUUUUUUUUAAGGAAAACGAAACAAGCCCUUUUGAUACCACCAAUACUUUUUGUGAUCCUUUUUUGGGGUUUUCUUUUUUGUCUGUUCGUUCUUUUUUUUUUUUUUUUUUUUACUGUGGAGAGAUGAGUUUGUCCCUGUUGCACUAGAUAUUAACUCUUAUUUGAGAUAAGGUUGGUUUGUUGUUGGUUUUGUGGUUGUUUUGGUGGUUUUUUUGGUCAGAUAACCGGUAUUACAGGCGGGGGAUGGGAUGUCAGUUAACUCAAUGUACUGUAUAAGCAGAAGUGCUGUUUAAAAUUUAAUUUGUAUGACAAAAAAAACCAUAAGGUUCUAAGCACCCAAAGGCCGUGGGGUCUGUGUGCUGAGUGAAAGCUGUGAAAUCUCUCUCUAACCAGAGUUGUCAAGAGCUGUGGUUUUACCAUUUUGUUCUUCUCUUCAUUGCAACUUUUGACGCACUGUAGAUUAUAAAAAAAAAAAAAAAGGACAAAAAAAAAAACACUUUCUGAGUAGCAUUUUAAAGCAGUAAUAAAUAAAGCAGGUAAGCAGCAAAUAGCAAAAAGCAGCACCUCAUACCCAAGCAGCUGCAAAAGCUGCAGAUUAUGUUCAAGGUGGAGUUAAGCACUUUGCUUUAAGAAGGAGGGGAAAUAAGGACAAAAGGUAAUGAUAAUACUAUUCCUUAACUAAAGUGCCUCUAUUUAUAUUUUUUAUUUAUGGCUGAAAAAAAAAUGAAAAAAAAAAAAAUGGGGCUGAUACAAUUGAGGGAAUGGACUUUGGGGAGAAUUGAAAAUAGAAAAAAAAAAAAAAGAAGAAAAAAAAAAGGUUUUGAAAAAACAAAACACCUCUGGCCUCUGAUGGUUUAAGGAAUGGUUGGUCACACGUGUUUAAUUUGAAAGGUGGUGGGAGUCAGGAAUGGCAGUCACCUCCUAGGGGUCCCUGGGUGCAGGGCUUGGCCACCAGCACCCACCCACCCCUGGCUCCUGCCUCCACAACCCCAGUGCCACAUCAGGACCUUUCCUGACAGAUUUCCUCUUGCCCUUCCAAACCUGUUUUUUGGUUUUGUUUUUAAUUUUAUUUUACUGUUUUCCAGCAGCCUCCCUGUCAGGCUGAGUUUGCCAUUUCUGUGUUUUCUUUCCAAAAAAAGAAAAGGAAAAAAAAAAUUAAUAUUCUAUCUCUAUAAAUAAAUAAAACACAAAGGCUGUGUGCAGGUAAUUCCAUGUGCCAUUGUUGAAAACUACUUUUAGAUUUGGUGCUGGUGUAAGUAGCCACUCUUUUCUCUUGGGUGUGUAUUUUAAAGAUGAUUUUUUUUUUUUUAAUAAUGCCAAAAGAAAAAAAAAAACACACAACACCAUAAUAAUUUGUAAACUGAAUUAUAUGUCUUGGACCUUAUUAGCUUUGUAGUGACCAAGGUAGUCUGUUAGGUGUAAGGUUGUUAGUAGUCUUAGCUAGCAGGAGAUGCUGUGUCAUGUUACCAGACUGUACAUUUUCUAAGAUGGCAAAAUGCAAUAAAGAGAAAUGAUUUCGGUGAGUGUA